AUGACUUCAAGUACAGAGAGAUUAGCGCCGAGUGACAAUAUUCACAGCCAUAAUUCCAAGAACGAUAAUAACUUCACUGGGGACCAAAAUCUGAGUCGUGAUCAUGGAAGUAAUGAAAGUAUAACUGAAUCACAGUCAGAUCCAGAAUACUUAGACCCAGAAAGUUACGCCGAAGAAGAAGAAGAGGAAGAAGAAGAAGAAGUGAUACCGCCGUUUGAACUUGCAAUCCAAAGCGUCCUGGGACCUGCGUUAGAUACAACAGUCUGGCGCCUACGAAGUCUGCACGAGUCUCAAGUAGCACUAACAGUACAACUCAACAUCUUGACAGCAGUUUUAGAAUCUUACGGGCGGGCAUCCAAGCCGCAACAGUUGAAAGUUCCGAUAGCCAAAAUCAAUGUGUGCCGACAAAAGUUGCAAGCGGUCAACACGACGUUGGCUUUGGUUGAGGAACGGCUGGAUCGGGUGAAGCGGCGGCUACUGGAUGAAGGUAACAACGCCAGCCCGGUCGGUUCCCAAAUACUGGCCAAUACCCCUCCAAAUCCACGACAGGCCAACCUGGGGGUAGCGGAAACAUCCGGGUCGUAA